CAUCCCCACACUAAACCCUAGAGACCCACCUCCAUUCUGUCAAUCAAUGGAUUCCCGCCGUGCCCCUCGCACCGUCAUCGACCCCAAAGUCCGGCAAGUCGGUUUCUUUGCCCCACCUGAUCGCUCUCAAUCAGUACCCUUACUGCAAAACUCCAAUUCCCCCCCAUCGCCUCCAUUAUCAGACCUCUCCCCCUCCGGCAACUCACUCUCUCCGGUUAUGAUUCCACCUCCACGUCAUCUCUCCGACCUCUCCUCCCGUGCCGUCCCAGUUGGAUUCCCUCCGAAUCGGUUGUUAUCACCUCUUCAUCGAUUUUCCGGUGAAUCCGUAAUCCCUGUUGGCAGUUACAAUCCAUCGGAGUUUGCUUCUCCAUCUGUUGGGGAUUUUUUUGAGGAGAAGAAUGCACAGUCGCCUGGUCCGCGACGGAGCCGUGGAGUUGGUGGUUCUGGGAAAUUCGCGUCUUCUUUGCCCGCCGGUGGAUUUGAGUUGCCUCCGGAAGUGAAACCGAAGAGCUUGACCACCGUUUCGGUUGUCAGCAAUUUGCAACCUAAUGUGACUGAAAAGGUUGGAGAACAAUCAAACGAGUCUCAGGAUGGACGUGGUGCAAACUCGAAGCCAUUGAAGGAGAAAACAUCAAAGGCUGAAAGGCGUGCUCUUCAGGAGGCUCAACGAGCUGCAAAAGCUGCUGCAAAAGCGGAAGGAAAUGCUGGUUCUGGGGUAGCGAACUCAGUGAACACGAAAGCUGGAAAAGCCUCCAAGGCUCCUGUUCAAAAGAAAGAUAACGUCUCCGUGGCAGCUUCUGAAAAAAGGGGAGGUGAGCGGAUGACAGAUAAGGAUAGAAAGAAAGACGUCCCUCAUCCACGAAUGCAGUUUGAUGAUACAAGUCGUGUGGAGAAAGCUAAAAAGCGUGCAGUCGUGAAACAAACCGAGGUCAGGAACAGAGUCGAGCUUUUUAGGCAUCUGCCUCAAUAUGAACAUGGAACAAGGCUUCCUGAUCUUGAAAAAAAGUUCUUUCGGCUCAAUUCGGUUCACCCGGCGGUUUACAAGGUUGGCUUAAGAUAUUUGGCGGGUGAUAUAUCGGGUGGAAACGCUCGUUGUAUUGCAAUGCUUCAAGCAUUUCAAGAGUCGAUUAUGGAGUACUCACCACCAAAAGAGAAGGCUCUUAACCGGGACUUGACCGCAAAACUGAAUAGCUAUGUCUCAUUUUUGAUCGAGUGCCGCCCUCUUUCAAUCAGCAUGGGAAAUGCAAUCAAGUUCGUUAAAUCUCGAAUAGCCAAUCUUCCCUUAACUCUAUCUGAAUCAGAAGCGAAAACAAACCUCCUGUCUGAAAUCAAUAAGUUCAUUAACGAAAAAAUCAUUCUGGCCGACAAGGUGAUAGUACAACAUGCUGUGACGAAAGUCAGGGACGGUGAUGUUCUUCUUACUUACGGAUCCUCUUCGGCUGUCGAGAUGAUACUAUUGCAUGCCCAUGAGCUCGGCAAAAAGUUCCGUGUGGUGAUAGUGGAUGCACGCCCAAAACUCGAAGGGCGAUUAUUGCUCCGUAGGCUUUUGGGAAAGGGUAUCAGCUGCACUUAUGUUCAUUUAAACGGCGUUUCUUAUAUCAUGAGUCAAGUUACUCGGGUUUUUCUCGGGGCUUCAUCGGUGUUGGCAAACGGAACGGUUUAUUCGAGGGUCGGGACUGCGUGUGUUGCUAUGGUAGCUAAUGCCUGUGGUGUUCCUGUUAUCGUAUGCUGUGAAGCGUAUAAAUUUCAUGAAAGAGUGCAGCUUGAUUCAAUUUGUUGCAACGAACUCGGGGAUCCGGAUGCCAUUUUGAAAGUCCAAGGGAGGGAGGAGAUAAACGAUUUGAAGGAUAUCGCGAAUGAUGAAAAUCUGCAAGUUCUUAAUUUGACGUACGAUGCAACGCCAUCGGAUUAUGUUUCGAUGAUUAUAACGGAUUAUGGCAUGAUACCUCCAACAAGUGUCCCGGUGAUUGUUCGAGAAUUUCGCAAGGAUCAGAUAUUGAUAUAAUGAGCGUGGUUAAACGGGAUGGUAUUCGAGAAUGAGACUUCAUUUUUUUCUCGGGAAAUGUCUGGUUUUGUAGCUUCUUCGUUUUUUAGUUGUUGGUCGUGUCGAGAUACAACCGACUCAGUGCAGAGCGCGAAUUUCCGCCUCUCCGAGCCUUUUGGUGGUUUUUGAGUCUUGUUUGUCCCCAGGGGUUUAUACUGGGGGUGGGGGAUUUUUGUUGUUGUUGUUUUGGUGAUUUAUGAUGUCCUACAAAAGGGAUAGGGAUAGGGAUAGAGAUGGUUUUUUAUGGAGAAUUUGCUGCAAACCUUUUUGGUGGUCAACUUAUUUUGAAAUCUUAAGUGUCAUCAUAACCACCCAUUUUGUUUGAGGCCAUCUUGAAGCCGUUGGAUGACCAAACAU